GCCCGCCCACCCUCAUUCACAUGCUCAUCAUGGAGGAAUAACAGGUAUCUGCCUUGCAGAGAGAGGAGGACAGGCAUAUUCCCAUUCACAGCGACAUCUUGAAACGUGGUCAGACCAUUCGCGAAUGUGAAUUAUACAGUACCAAAGCAGACAAUCACGAUGAAGCAUUUUCUAAGGGUACUGACCCAGUUGCUGGUGUUCCUUUACUGUAAGUGUCUGUGGCGGGGCCUGAAGUUUGUCAUCAGGAAGGUGACGGGACGAUGCGAGCUUCAACGCAUCUGUUACAAUAACAAACCUGGUGCUCGAAGGACGCUCAAGAUUGAAUCCUCACUCAAAUGUUCUAAACAUGAGCUUUUGCAGUCUGCCAUCAGCGUUCACCCAGACUCUGUGGAGAAAACUAUCGAUGAUAUUAUGGCCCUGAAAAAGAUCAACCUCGACACUAACCCACAGCUUGGCAUCUCUCUCCAGGCUUGCCUCCUCCAGAUCGCGGGUUACAGAAACCUAGUAGUGGAGGUGGAGAAGCUACGUAGAGAGCCGUACGACUGUGAAAAUCCAGCACAUGAGGAGAUGCUCAUGAAGCUGUGGAAGGAACUCCGUCCUGAUUCUCCUCUCUCUGGACGCAUCUCCAAGCAAUGGUGCGAGAUUGGUUUCCAAGGAAACGACCCCAAGACUGAUUUCAGGGGCAUGGGUCUCUUGGGCUUGCACAACCUACUAUAUUUUGCAGAGAAUGAUAAAGCCACUGCUCUCCAAGUUCUCCAUGACUCCUUGCAGCCCAAACACAGGAACUUUUCCAAAGAGGAAGCCAGCAAGAUGAGCAAAGCUGAGUGGGACAAGAACAAAUUUGACAAAGCGAUUGGAUACUCCUUUGCCAUAGUUGGCAUAAACAUCACAGACCUGGCGUAUUCCCUGCUGGUGAGCGGGGCUCUGAAGACUCAUCUGUACAAUGUGGCACCAGAGAUGCCAAGUCUAGUGAACUUCCAACAGACCUUCUGUUAUCUGAUGCAGGAGUUCCACAGGUUCUGGAUCGAGGAAGACCCUUGUGACAUCAUGGAGUUUAACCGCGUGCGCACCAAGUUCUACAAGCGCAUCCUGAAGCAGCUGAAGAACCCUGACAUGGCACUGUGUCCUCACUUCACGGCCUCGGACCUUCACCUGGUCAACCUGUAGCUUCUCACUCAUCUCAAAUCUAGUGACACUUCACCUUCUCAUCCUUAAAGCCCAUGUCUCAUUACUGCCAACUGCUCAGCUGGUCUUCUUCUCACACAUUCUCUCACCAAUGUCUCCUUCAGCCUAUCUAACCAGAAACAACUGAAGAUCACCAGCACUGCUGAAGACCAUGUUGAUUGUAUGUGCGCAUGGCAACAGUGCACCUCACAACGAUUGUGAUAUUUACAGCUACUGUAUGCUGAAGUCAGCAUCUGAAUGUGGAUCGGAGGGAGAUUGGACAGGGCUCCCUAUCCACCAGUAGGUCGAGCUGUUGGUACAUAUUAGGUAAGACAGUGAGCUUCAGGCAUGCGAGAGUUUCGACCCACAUCCACCGCAGAAGGCUGCACUGAUACCAGGCACACUUAGAAACAGGUCGCCCUUGUUUGUAGUCAGUAUCAUACUUUUUCAGCUCAUAUAUGACGGAUAACCUUUCUUUACUUAUUGUGAAUCGGUUAAAGGAAUAUCGAAGGUUCAGUGCAAAUUCAGCUCAAUCAACAGCACUUAUGCUAUAAUGUUGAUUACCAAAAAAUAAUAUUAACCUCUCUCUGCUUUUCUUUAAAAAAAAAAAGUAAAAUCUGCUUUUACAGUGAGGUUCACACAGAUUUUGCUGUUAAAAACACGAGGAAUGCCGUGUCAUGUGUGAGACGUUGCAAAAGACGCGAGACAUGAGCGCAACAGUUAAAGAUAUCCGUCUAGCGUGUGUUUAAAAUGAAAAAUAAUGGAAAAUAGGCGUUUUGUGUGAACGGCCCCUUACAAUGAAAUGAAUGGAACCAAUUUGUAAAGUGUAGCACAAGAUGUAAACAAUAUACGUUAACAUGAUUUUAGUGUAAAAAAAAAACAAAACACUUAUUAUUCUUUUCUGUGUUUCAAAUUUUAGAACAUCGGUUAAUACAAUGAUUUAAAUAGCUUGACAACUUUAACUUUAAGUGGUUUUAUAAUAUUGUUAGCCUCAUUUUCUUUUAAAUAGAAAACAAAUGGAAGAGUCAACAUUAUUUUUUGUGCUAAUCAACAUGCUGUUAAUUAACUAACUUGCACUGAACCCGGAAAAAUCCAUUAAACGGAAAUGGUUUCUGCUUGCCGCAUUAACAGAUAAUCAUAAGUUCAUAACCUUCAUCAUGUCAUAUUCUGAAUUCUUCUAUCAAAUACUUACAUAGCCGACUAUUUGUUGCCAAGAAGCAGAGCUUAAAAUUGAAUAUUUACUUGCCAAAUAUGGUAGGAUAAUGUGUGUUUUGUGAAUGUUAUCAUGCAGAGCACAUGAUUGUUUCACAAAUGUAUUAGUGUUGAUGUAAACAAAUGUGGAAUGUUCCAUUGUUCUGUUCUAGCACCAAAGCAAUAAGUGACGUUUAGAACAGUUAGUAGAACAGUCUUGUUUUCUUUUGCACAAGUCGUGCCUCUAUUGUGUUACCAUUGUGAGUGACACUCAUUAGAAUAAUUCAUGUAUAGUUCUAAAGAUUAGUGUGAGUAUUCCAGGCUUUUAUUUGAUCUCUUCUGCAUUUAUUGAACUUUUUUACAGUUGUGUCACAACACAAAUGCAUGUUUCUCUUUUAAGUUAGUCCAUUACCACGAGGUCACAGGGUUUGCAUGAUGAUUUACUUUUUGCCUGCAAAAUAAUUGUGUUAUCAGAAUGUCACUUAAUUUGAAAGUCGUUGCAAUGAAUGUCUAUGCUACUGGCAGUGUUAAGCAGCUUCUUUUUAAUAGCUAUUGUUUGAAUUGUGUUUCCACAUGAUUUUUAAUGUGUACAGCGUGUCAUAUAUUUGCCAUUGCAGCACUUUUACAGAUAAAGCACUUGCUGUACAUAAAGCGUUCAAGGUGAAAAACAUUGAAACAUUAUUACAUUAUUAAAGCUCUUCAUUAUGCA